AUGAAGUGGCCGGGAGAAUCCAAGACCAUGGUGCUGAACGGCAGACAGACCGGCAGCCGAUUCUGCAGUGGGCGUCCCCCGAGCCGGCCCCAGCCGCUGCGGCAGGGCAAGCACCCCCCUGGCACCCGCAGAUGUAGCAGGCGUUUUGGCACUGCACCCCUGGAGGCGGAGAGACGCUAUGUCCCCUCCUCUGGAAUGAGUGCCAAGGAGCUAUGUGAGAAUGAUGACCUCAGCACCUGCCUCAUCCUCGACCCCUAUCUGGGUUUCCAGACCCACAAGAUGAACACUAGGUUUCGGCCUAUUAAGGGAAGGCAGGAGGAGCUGAAGGAGGUGAUAGAGCGCUUCAAGAAGCAUGACAACCUGGAGAAGGCUUUCCAGGCCUUGACUACUGGGGAAUGGGCUCAGCACUACUGCCUGCACAAGACCAAGGCCCAGGAGAAGCUCUUCAAAGAGCAUGUGUUCAUUUAUUUACGCAUGUUUGCAGCGGAUAGUGGGUUUGAAAUCCUUCCUUGUAACCGGUACUCUUCGGAGCAAAAUGGAGCCAAAAUCGUCGCGACUAAAGAGUGGAAGAGGAACGAUAAGAUCGAGUACCUGGUUGGCUGUAUCGCCGAGCUGUCGGAGAGCGAGGAGAACAUGCUCCUUCGUCACGGGGAAAACGAUUUUAGCGUCAUGUAUUCCACCCGCAAGAACUGCGCCCAGUUGUGGCUGGGGCCCGCCGCCUUCAUCAACCAUGAUUGUCGGCCAAAUUGCAAAUUUGUCUCCACUGGUCGGGACACGGCAUGCGUCAAGGUCCUGAGGGACAUCGAGCCAGGGGAGGAGAUUUCUUGUUACUACGGCGACGGCUUCUUCGGGGAGAGCAACGAAUUCUGUGAAUGCUACACCUGUGAAAGAAGAGGAACAGGUGCUUUUAAAUCAAAAGCCGGACCUCUCCCUGCCACACCCGUCAUCAACAGCAAGUAUGGGCUGAGAGAGACGGACAAGCGUCUCAACAGGCUGAAGAAACUGGACGAAGGAAGCAAAAACUCCAACGGCCAGUCUGUGGGCACGGAUGCCGACACUCAGGGAACACGCGGCGCACACACAUCGUCAAGGAAAAGGACAUCCACCGGUGUGAAAAAGUUUAGCAGGACUUGGUCUCUAACCAGGCAGUCUCUCUCGAGAGCUCCUACUUCUACCUCAUCGUGUAAACAGAGUCAUAGGAAUCGUUCAAGGGUACCAAAGAGACUAAGAUCAAGGCCUACGAAGACUUCGCUUGCUAAGGCCAGGCUGAGGAGUCGCUGCCGAGGGUCUGAGCAGAGGGCUCAGAGCAAGGUGAGCGUUGGUAACUUGGGUUUGAAGGAGCCCAAGGUAGUCCUUUGUAAGGCCGUCUCGGGGAAGAACGAGGGAGACGCAGGGGGAGAAGGGAGGGUUGAGGAGCAGAGGGGGUGCUUAACCCGGCACACAACGAAGGAAAACAGUCACGCCGCAGAUGUCGCUCUGUGCGAGGGGACCUUGUCUUGUACUUACAGAACUCGACAGUCCACACGGACCCAGCUAACUGCUCAGGGGUGCUCUGGCAUUAAGCUCCAGCCUGAUCCGCUUGAUGCCCACGGGCCAGUUAAUGGCGGCGUGGUCGUCAAGACCGAGCCGGCGGAUUUGGAGGAGUACAUGGAGCAUGGGCUUCAGCUGAAUGGUCAUGGCCUGGAAGUGGGCUGCCCCAAGAAGGGAGCCUGCCCACAGCGAAGGCAGUUGUCUCAGUCCAAACUGGACAGGACCAUCAAGUCGGAGGAGAGGGAUCCCUACAGGGAGGCCUCCUUCCGGGAAGGUAUCCCAGAUCUGCGCCAUGCUGCCCGGGCUGCCGACAUGGCAGAUUGUGGCAGGGUGCAGUUAGGCCUCCACGAACAGCGCCAGGACUGUAGUGGCACCACCGGUCUCCUGCGCCGGGAGAAGGCCAAAGGAAGUUACCGGACAGCGGGAAAGGGCAAGAAGAAGCGGCCCAUCACUCGUUACGACGCGCAACUCAUCCUGCAGAAUAACUCUGGCAUCCCCAAGCUGACUCUGCGGCGACGGCGAGACAACAGCGGGGGAAAGGCCAGCGAGCCUGGAGCCAGCAGUCCCACACGCAGCUCCUCCAAGAUCAGCAUCAAGUUCAGCAAGGACCACGAGAAGGACAAGAGCAGCUCUUAUGUGGCUCAGCUCAACAACGGCUUCAGUGCCGGAGGGCACGGCAGCCCCACCAAGUUGAAGAUUCAGCUGAAGCGUGAGGAUGAGUUCCGGGAGGGCGCCCAGGAGCACCUGGACAAGGUCACCUCCAGCGGAGUCUCUACGCGGGCCGUGCGAGAUGGUCCUGAGCGCCGACCUGCAGUGCACAGGACUCAACGCGCCGAUGCGGAAUCUUCAUCAGAGGGGGACUGCUUUGAUGACGAAUUUGAGGAUGACUUCAUUCCCCUUCCACCAGCUAAACGUCUUCGCCUCAUUGUAGGGAAGGACUCCAUAGACAUUGACAUCUCCUCUAGGAGAAGAGAGGAUCAGUCUCUAAGGCUCAAUGCUUAACCUCUGAGUUAAUUUGCUUACUCAGUACGUCUGGUGCCUUGCAAAAGUAUUCUGACCAUAACUGUGAUGUCACCGUCUACGAAAUGAACUUAAUAUACAAUCCAUCACCUCACUGCUCAAACUGAAGACUGGCCAGUCUGAGAUUUUAGUUGCUGAGCUGUGCUAAAAUUUUAAAAGCGGAGAAUAGUGCCAAUGAAAUAAUUUUUAAAUUAAGACCAUGGAUUGACACACCCAUGAUGUGUUAUUGAGAGCAUAUUUGUGUGGCUAAAUUCAGUGCUUGAGUGAAGCACCUUUUGCAUAAAUCGCCUUUGAAAUUAAAUUGGGGAAAAGAUUUGGUCUUUUCAGAUGAGUCACUUAUGCACUCAUACAUAAUGAUCUUAUUCACAUUGUUAUUACAUUGGUUUUAAUUUGGUUGAAGUGGCUUCUAUUUUACCGCCACACCCUGCAAGUAAUUUUCUUACAUUGUCUGAUAAUCAUGACUGUUCUCAUGUGGUACCGGGCCAAAGCUAUGCUAGAAUGGCUAAUGCACAGAGAAAUGAAGAUUCUUCACCAGCUCAGUGUAAGUCUGUAAGUGGGCCCCAAGAAACUCAAGACUGUGCUGCAACAGAAAAUCUAAAAGCCACUUGGUGCUUCCAGCAUAUCAGAGACAAAAGUCUCAGCAUUUAAGCAUUUUUAACUUUUAUUAUUAUGGUUAUCUUAAAUGGGAUGAGACACUAAUCCGUGUCCUUAAAAUUCAGGUUCUUGUAAAUGACAGAAUAGGGUGUCAUAUGGGUCUGAAUACUUUUGCAAAGCAGUAGUUAACCUUCCUAUUAAUCAUGUUUUGAUUAAAAUGGAGGGAAUAAAUUGAGGAAAAGCUAAUGAAAAUAGUUAUACAAAAAUGUCAAUAUAUAUCUGUAAAUUUUAGACAUGGCACUUCUGUUUGUUUAUGGAUGUAAAGAUUGUAAAAAAAAUGUACAGUAUGAACUCUCCACAUGUCUGAUGUCAGAUUUUUAUUGAAAUUUUUUACUGUUUUCACAAGGUGCAAUCCUCAGUUCUGCUAACAUCCCAGAUUUAAUUUAAAAAAGCAUACCACAGCGAACACACACCCUCACACAAGGAGCACAGUAAUGGUGAUAUAAGCCCAGCUUUUGUUUUAAACGUCACAGGUAAUUAUGAAUUAUCAUUGGCACUGUAUGUAUCCAUCAGCCUGGUGCCUCAGGUGCUCAUUGCAAAACUGUCUAAGCAAACAUUUGGCUGUAUCUUGGCCAAUUUUUGCAUGUAGUGUUUUGUGUUGCCUGUUCCUGUCAGGCCUGAGGAAACAUUUCAAUGUCAACCCUGAAGGACUUGGCCAUCUUUUUAUUAUUGCUGGCUUUGAUAUUGAGUGUGGGUGGAAAGGAGUGGUUUUGUGACAGAUUUGGCUGCAAACGUUUCUCAGCUGUGGCUGAAUGAUUUCCACCAUUUCUGAUGGCCUUCUAUGCUUAAAUAUAGCCCAGCCUAGUGCCUGCAGUUAAAAAAACAGAUUUCCACUGGCACCAUGAAUAAGUAUUGUCUUCAGCUUGAGCCAAAUUCCAGUUCUGUGUUUUUCCAUGUAGGCGUUAUGUGAGUUAGAGAUUAAUAUGUUGUUUUUUUCCAUUUUUAAUUCACACCACCAGCAGGCUUUUCACAGAUUAAAUCUGUUUUCUUUACCCCAAACAUCUCCAUUGUACACCAUAUGCUGUCCCAGAUGCACCAUUUUUGUGUUCUUUUUUUGAGUAGACAGCUGUUCGAUGAUCUAAUCGAUUAGUUAAGAAAAUACUUGGGAAUGGUUUGCUGAUACUCCGGAGCAUUAUCUUUACAAGGGUGGUGCAACACGUCAUACAGCAUUUAACAAAAAAAGGUGCAUCAGUGAGACUGUAUACUAUGUAAAUCAUACCUUGUACUUAUUUAACAGUUUUCAAUACUUGAAAAAAGAUAAAGUUUCUUUGCAAGAA